AUGCCAAGCACCCUAUCUGGGGCUGUCGUUCUAACAACCCAAGAGGCUCUGUUCUCUACAAACUUUAUUAAUCUUAAGGGCUACUCAAUUCUCGCGCCUCCUGGACCAACAUAUUGGCCCACCUCUCCGCGGAAAAAACCAGACAUACUGGACAUAUUUGUAUCGAACACACCUCACAACUUAUUCUGCGUGGCUACCAAUCUCUUAGAACCCUGUUUAGAUCAUUCAGCAGUAAUCCUGACUAUCAGUGCCUGUCCUCCAGUCCGGCCUAUCCUACCAAAACUCUUUCUCCAUACUACUGAUAGGCAUAAAUUCCACGACUUGGUCGAUCAAAACAUAAAUCUCAAAAUUAGUCUCAAAUCUCCCCAAGAAAUUGAUGUAGCGAUAAAUAACCUAACAAAUGUAAUCCAAUCUGCAGCUUGGGCUUCCGGUCCUACCAAAACUCAUUAUUCAAAUGUUGCUUCGUCAGUCCCGGAAUAUAUUCGCAUCCUUAUAUCCAUUAAGCGUAGAGCAAGGGCCCAAUACCAACGCUCACGCCUUCCAUCCCACAAACGUAUUUAUAACAAUCUAUCUAACUCACUGAAAAAAAUACUCAUCAAGCAUAAAAAUCAAUCUUUUGAAAAUCAUCUCUCAAACUUGUCACCUAAGAAUGGCAAUCUCUGGUCAACUACCAAAAUUCUUCUAAAAUACAAACCUCCGCUCGUUCCCAUAAUAAAUCCUCAUGGUGGACUUGCAACUACCGAUACUGAAAAAGCUGAGCUGUUUAAAGAACAUCUAACUGAAACCUUCAUGCCUCACCCGGAUAUACAAAUACCUUCUCAUACUGACAUAGUAAAUCGCUCACUCGUUUCCCCCUUUCUACUUUUCCCGCAGUUAAGCAUUUCACUCCUGGUGAAGUCAAAUUUACAAUUCAAAAAUACAGUCUCAAAAAAUCUCCGGGGUUCGACCUGAUUACUGCAGAAGUGGCCAGAUCCCUCCCCAAAAGAGCCAUUGUACUUCUCACAGUUAUAUAUAAUGCGUGUCUAAGGUUAUCUUAUUUUCCUAUGCUUUGGAAAUUUUCUGUAACGAUUCUAGUUCCAAAACCUAACAAGCCUCCCGACGUCCCGACUUGUCCUCCUCCUACCGACCUAUAAGUCUCCUCCCCUUCUUCAGCAAAAUUCUCGAAAGAUUAAUUCUUAAAAGAAUUCUUCCAUGCAUCUCUUCCAAUUCCAUAUUACCUAAUACACAAUUUGGUUUUCGUACCGCUCAUUCCUCAAUACAUCAGCUGCACAGACUAGUCGAUGCUAUUUCCUUCUCCCUUGAAAAAAAAAGUUAUUGCUCCUGCGUUUUCUUAGACAUUUCCCAAGCAUUCGACAGGGUAUGGCAUGAAGGUCUGCUAUAUAAAAUUAAACCCAUAGUUCAUCCUUCCUUUUACUUACUAAUCAAAUCUUACCUCGCGGAUCGAUAUUUUCAGGUCAGAGUUGGCACAUCCCUUUCUGGUUUAGCAAAGAUUAGCGCAGGCGUUCCUCAGGGGGGCAUUCUUUCUCCUCUAUUAUAUAACAUCUACGUUGCCGAUCAACCCACCACUCCGAAUACAGCUGUAGUGGAGUUUGCCGAUGACAAGGCCAUUAUUUCUAUCCAUGAUAAUCCUCACACAGCUUCCCACAAUCUUCAACUCCACCUUGAACUCAUGGCUGAUUGGUAUAAAAAAUGGCGUAUCAAAGUUAAUCAAUCCAAAUCACUCCAUACAACAUUCACUCUUCGUCUUACUCCCUGUCCUAUGGUGUCUCUAGACGAUAUUCAAAUCCCUUCCUCUCAAACGGCCAAAUACUUAGGCUGA